AUGGAGGGUGGAAGACAGUGCAUUUAUCUUGCCUCCCCUGCGCCAUUGGUUGCUCUUUGGGGAAAUAGCUGGGCUCAGGCCGCGGCAUUGUCAGCGCUAUUACAAUUCGCAAUCCUGAUGACGGACAGUCGUGGGAUUCGACCAAAUGUGUACUGCUGCCAAUUGGUGCUCCUCCAGGUCAUUCGACAAUACGACUGGGAGCGCAACGGCCACCCAAAGAUGUCCGCUGACAAUUUAGACCCAAACAUAAGGUCCUGGCUCGAAGCAAAGGGUUUCAAAAACCACGAAGACAUUGUCCGCCUAGAGUCCUCAGCAGAAUCUUUAACAGCGGCCCUGCUGAUGCUCACGCAGAUUCUCCCCAGAAGGAUACACGGGGGUACGGAAAAAAGAAGCAUGAUGCUCCCUUCGUUUAACAGAAGAAGAGGCAUUUUUGACAAGAACCAGCUGGCCAUAGUUCGAGAUCUCUGGGCAGAAAUUUCGACUCGUAACAGCCCAACAGAUGAGUCUCGUCAUGUGUACAACGAGAUGGAUUUAAUGGACGAUGAAAUGCUCGAAACCCAACAGGACCUGGAGCUGGAAAGUCUUGAGUGUGCGAUGAUCACUGAUGAUGGGACGACCCACAACAACUUUUCUCAAAAUAAUCUUGCAUUGCACUCGAACUCGGAUGAGCCCUCAAUGCCUCGAAAGCGAAAGGGCAGUACUUUGAAGGUCCAAAUGGCCUUGCUUCAGGGAACUGUUAAUGCCAAACUCGAAUUCCGAGGGAAGUGUGCGCCUUUCAAAUCAUUCUUUCGGACCUAUGCUGCCAGGUUGGAUUUAUACUUUCCGUACGAUGGAGAGCUCAGGGCCACAUUUCCUGACCCCAAAUCUCUUCGAAGAGUCCGAAUCAGGGCGGAAAUCAAGGCCCCUGGCCAAAAACACCCCCAACGAUGGGCUUCCCAUGCGACUAGCGAAGAUCCGGCAUCUAGGCUCGCGUUCCGACUUACUGUCAUGGGUCCAGAAGGCCAGGAAUUCGGCUUCUAUGCCUCUGGCCGCGGAACGAAGCUCGUUAAGAAAGCAAAUGGAUGA